AGAAGAACCGCAUCCGUCGGUGAACAACUACGGCUACUCUAUCACGUGUUCUACGACGUUAUUCUUUAAAAGUUUCAUUACGAAGAUUUAUUCUCAAAUCGAGGGCAAGUGAACGAUUUAUCCCUAAUCGAAGAUGCAGAGACAAAUCGCAAUCUCCUGUUUGAUCCUGAUAGCCAUCACCGUUAUGGUGGUGUCAAGUCCUCUGGCGGAUGCUGCUCCGUUUUCACAACAAAAUUAUUGGAAUCAAUUAGAAGAAGAAGAUCCUGAAGCUCUCCUUGAUAUGCUAGCCCGUCUUCGUCAUUCGAUCAUGCGAAAUCAAGAACUCGAAAACAAUAAACGCGGACUGGACUUAGGUUUGAGCCGUGGAUUUAGUGGUUCUCAAGCAGCGAAACAUUUGAUGGGUCUCGCAGCCGCGAAUUACGCCGGUGGUCCAGGACGAAGGCGCCGUUCGGAAUAAAUAUAGAUAAGUCGAAUAUAAGAGGAUGUAAAGUGAACUUCUAACGCAAAUAAUAAUAAUAAUAACAAUAAUAAUAUUAACAAUAAUAAUAAUAAUAAUUAUAAUAAUAAUGACGACAUUGUCCAACGUACUUGUUCACGUAAUGUGUCAGACGAAUGUGUCAGACUUCUUUAGAAUUUUACAUGUUUCGCACUUUGACGCACGUUUCCGCGAUAUUUCUUCUUUCUGUAGAUAUUUGAUUUCUAAUCUAUAAUAUUUAUUUUAAUUCUUAUUUAAUACAUAAUACGUGACACGUAGCGCGCGAAUAGAAUUUGUUUUUUCUUUUCUUCUUUCUUUUUCUUUUUUUUCCUUAAUAGUAUAGUCGAUAUUUUUUCGUUAUCCUAAUUUUUGCUCGCUAUAAUACAAUUUACCAAAGAACACGAACGAUGAUUUAUCUUUAGUCAUGUAGAUAUAUAGAUAAAUGUGUUUGUAUAUGUAUAUGUAUAUGUAUAUGUAUAUAUAUAUGUAUAUGUAUAUGUAUAUGUAUAUGUAUAAGUAUAUGUAUAUGUAUAUGUAUAUGUAUAUGUAUAUGUAUAUGUAUAUGUAUAUGUAUAUGUAUAUGUAUAUGUAUAUAUAUAUCCCUUUCAGUGCCAACAAAAAAAUUGAACCUGAACGAAUAGUCCCGAGUCAAACUGAGGUAGUUUGAAAAAAUUCAAAAAAAAAAUUGUAAACAUUUUGUUUUUUUUUUCUUUUUCUUUUUAUUCUUUUAUUUUGUUUUUGUUUCUACUUUGAAUUUUUUGAAUGUUUCGGACCAAAGGUUUCCAAGAUUAAUGGUCGAAAAUUAUAUCGACUAUCAUUAUUUAUAUUAAUAUCAUGAAAAUUAUUGUAUGAGUCAUCAUUUUUAUUAUUAUCGUCGUCAAAUUUCCGAAACGCUUUCACUCUCAUUGUUUAUUCUACGUGAUGCAGCAAUCUUAAUACGAAUAUUAAUUCUUCAUCAUUGUUACUAUUUUCAUUAAUAAUGAAUUGAACUAAUUCCGUAUCAUCCAUAGAGAUAUAAAUUUAAUAAUAUUAUAACUAGGUUUACAUAAACGGCUAUGGCCGAAAUAGAAAUGAUUUCUAAAUUACAUGAUGCAUCUAAUCGCUUAGAAAUUGUUCUCCAAACCUAAGCGCAUAGUAUGACAGACAUAUAACGAAAUAUCAUUAGCAAUUUUCAUAAGUGUUAGCCAUAUAUCAAUAUAUCGUUGUUCGGCACUGAAUAGAUUUAUUUAUAUUAUUUAUAUUUAUUAUUAAAUUAUAUAACUUCCGAGAGCAGCUUCGUUCCUCGUUUUUUGAUCCAUUUUAGAUUUAGAAAUAAUAGAGAUAUAAAGCAAUUUAUUUUUAAAUAUCUUGAUGUCGUCGAUUAAAAAGAUCAUACGAUCGUAUUCUCCCCAGUAUUAUGUAACAUUUGUAGAUAUUUAUCGUAUUUAUCUUUCGUCAAUAGCAUGCAUUUUCUGAAUCAACAAGAUCUACUACAUAUAUAUAUAUAUAUAUAUAUAUAUAUAUAUAUAUAUAUAUAUAUAUGUGUGUGUAUAUAUAUAUAUAUAUAUGUAUAACACACGGAGAUAGAUUACAUAUAUUAUCAGUUAUGUAUUUUCUCCUAAAAUAAUUGUCGCACACAAAAGAUCCUUUUCCGUUUUUUAUUAGGACAAAGUAAAAAGUAUUUGUUUAGUAUUUGUUGUGAUAUGUGUAACAAAGACAUGUUUCUCGCCUCUAUAAAUCGUCUAAAUAAAUGUUACUUUAACUCAA